AUGGGAACCCCACUGCAUGGUACGGCCAUUAUUACCGGGGCCAAUGGCCUGCUGGGAUCAGAGAUUGCCGUCUCCAUCGCCAAAGCACAGCCCUUUGUUCACCUAUUGCUGGUGGCUCGAAAUAUCAGAUCCGAUCCUAUCAAGGAUGUACUGAACCGCAUCCGCUUGAUCGGACCCAGAUCUGUCGAAGUGGUCAAGGCCGAUCUGGCUUGCUUCAAUUCGGUAGCGAGCUUUGCACAGUAUACUGUGGAGAGGGUUCGCAGUAAAGAGAUUCCCCCUGUCAUCCUCUUAAUCAACUCCGCGGCCAGCUCGUCAUACGUCACCGAUCAAGUCACACGAGAUGGGUACGACCCAGUCUAUCAAACCAACUGCAUCGCCCCGUUCUUGUUGACCGUGAGCCUGCUUGAGGCCUUUCGGGCUGGCGAUGGCACUCCGAACGGCGGUGCUCGGGUCAUCAAUAUCGGAUGUGCCGCCAUGUCCAAGGGUUCCUUGGACUACUUUGACGAGCAAGGCUCAGACAGCGCCAGCCAGACUCCUGGAACGUCGAUAAGUGCAAAGGAAGCCACCGCUCGGUUCGGUAGUAGUAAGUUGUUGAUGAGCGCUGCUAUGUAUGCUUUACGCCGGAGUUUGGUACUUGCUGGUAACAUCUCGCUCAAUGUGUAUACGAUGGACCCCGGAUUUAUGACCGGGGAAAGCCAUCUGACCGCCUCGGCACCUCUAUCGGUCCGCGUAGCGCAUCAGACUCGGUCUGGGCUCCGGCCGAUCUUGCGCGUUUUCUCCAAGAGCGCAAUUAACAAGGCCAGUGUUCCCGCCAAGGUAAUUGCGAAAGUCGCAUUCCAGAGAGAGACAGUGGAGAAUUGGGGCAGAGAGCGCUAUUAUAUUCUGGAUAGCGAGUAUGAGGCCGCAUCCGUCAUUCCCGUGUUGCGAGACCUGCCGCGCAUGGAUGCGCUACUCCAGAAGGUGAUGCAACAGAUCGAGAUCGGUGUCAAGGGCAUGGGCUCGCCCCAAUCCAGGUUUGAGGAAGUUGAGCCAGCCGUCUUUCUCUCCAACAUCAGUGCCUCGACAAUUGAUUUGCAACUCAAAUCAAUAACCCAGCUGCAUGUCAUUAUAGGAGAGAUGAACAGGCAUCACGCCUUUGGCAAUGGCUACGCUGCCUAUCCCCGUAGCAAAAGCAACCAUUCAUUUUCCAUUUCCCCCCACCGAUUUCAACCCCGGUCACAGCCUGCCUUGCGGCGCCGUAGGCAACUUUUUCAGCGACUAUGCCUCCUCUGCGGUAUCUCCCUGUUGCUCCUUGUCCUGAUAUUCCCGUCCCUGCGCGCCUCUCUCCUGCCGGUGGUAUCUCUUGGCCUCGUUCACUCCUACGAAGACCUCCAAAUCGAGACGAUCCGAUACUAUGAUCUUUCCAAAGUGCAAGGGACAUCCAGUGGUUGGGAGCGCGGGGAGCGGGUGCUGAUGUGUACGCCGCUGCGCGACGCCUCCUCCCACUUGCCCAUGUUCUUCUCGCAUCUGCGGAACCUCACUUAUCCGCACAAUCUGAUCGACCUGGCGUUUCUGGUGUCGGACUCGGAAGAUGACACGAUGGGCAUGCUGUCGCGCAUGCUAGACGAGCUCCAGCACGACGUGGAUCCGAAGAUGCCGUUCGGCGAGAUCUCCGUCAUCCAAAAAGAUUUUGGCCAGCUGGUCCAACAAGACGUGGAGAGCCGGCACGGAUUUGCCGCGCAGGCCAGUCGCAGAAAGUUAAUGGCCCAGGCUCGUAAUUGGCUGCUGAGCGCCACGCUGCGCCCAACACAUAGCUGGGUUUAUUGGCGGGACGCGGAUGUCUUGACAGCGCCACAGACGAUCCUGGAGGAUCUGAUGCGGCACGACAAGGAUGUCAUUGUACCGAAUGUGUGGCGGCCCCUACCGGAUUGGUUGGGUGGAGAGCAACCGUACGAUCUGAACUCGUGGCAAGAAUCAGAAACAGCACUAGCGCUGGCCGAUACAUUGGAUGAGGAUGCGGUCAUUGUCGAAGGGUAUGCUGAAUACGCGACCUGGCGUCCUCAUCUCGCCUACCUGCGCGACCCGUAUGGCGAUCCGGACAUGGAGAUGGAGCUUGACGGAGUAGGAGGUGUCAGUAUUCUGGCGAAAGCGAGAGUGUUCCGCUCGGGCGUGCACUUCCCGGCCUUCAGCUUCGAGAAGCAUGCUGAGACAGAAGCCUUCGGCAAGAUGGCCAAGCGCAUGGGCUUCUCGGUCAUCGGUCUCCCGCACUACACUAUCUGGCAUCUCUACGAGCCGAGCGUGGACGAUCUACGGCACAUGGAGGAGAUGGAGCAGGAACGCAAAGAACGCGAGAGGGAGGAGAAAGACCAGGCUGACCGGGCCGAACGCGUUCAGACCCUGUUCAAGGAUGCCAAGACGCAGUGGGACAUCGACCACGCAUUCGUUGAGGAUGCGAUCGCCGAUGAGAAGAAGAAGCAAGAGGCCGCUGCUGCUCCAGAUCCCUCUUCGAGCGAGGCGCUCAAAGGCUCCGAGAAAGGUCCUCUGGCGCAGCCAGCUAUGAAGGAGAGAGGUAGUGCUGAACAAGGCGACCAGGUGUCCGAUACCCAGAUGGAAGAAGCCAAGCGCUAA